AUGUCUACAAAACAUGGGGAAGCUUCCCAAACAGGGGCAGCCAAAGUGGAGGUGGGCUCGGAGGUCAUGGCUGUGAGAAGUAACAGAGUGGUGCUGGAUAAUACCAUCUGCCCAGCUGAAAUCAUCAUCUGCAAUGGCAAGAUAGCUGACAUUCUGCCCAAGAGAAGCUGGGCUUGUGCCAGCGGAGAGAAGGUGCUGGAUGUUGGCGAGCUGGUGGUGAUGCCUGGGAUCAUAGACCCUCAUGUCCACACGUGUGAGCCAGGGCACACAGACUGGGAGGGUUACUCUUCUGCAACCAAGGCUGCUGCUGCAGGAGGCGUCACAACCCUGGUGGCUAUGCCGCAGAGCUGUCUUCCCCCAACCACAACUCUGGCAAACUUUGAGGACAAGCUGCAGUCUGCCGAAGGGCAGUGCUAUGUGGAUGUAGCCUUCUGGGGCGGAGUCAUCCCUGGAAACCAGGAUGAGCUCCUGUCCAUGCUGCAGGCUGGAGUCCCGGGCUUUAAGUGCUCCCUGAUUGCAAGUGGAGUGGAGGAAUUCCCCCAUGUCAGCCUCCAAGAUCUGCACAUGGCAAUGAAUGAGCUGCAAGGCACAGACUGUGUCCUCUUGUUCCACGCAGAGCAAGAGCUGGGCCAGUGGAAGCCGGCACUAGAGGCUGCUCUCUUCCUCAGACUGCCUUGCUGGGUCUCCUGUGGCUUGGCUUUCUGGCCAAGUCACACGCUGGUUCAGUCCCCUUCCAGGGUGCCCUGCCACAUCCUUCAUCUCUCCUCUGCUCAAGCCCUGCCCAUCAUCAGAGAGGCUCGCCAGAAAGGGGCACCACUCACUGUAGAGACUGCCCCCCACUACCUCACCCUGACGUCUGAACGCAUUCCACCUGGGGGCACCUACUACAAGUGCUGUCCUCCUAUCAGGACCAAAACCAAUCAGGAGCAACUGUGGAGUGCUCUGCAAGAGGGGCUGAUGGAUAUGGUGGUGUCAGCCCAUAACCCCGGCUCGCCAGAUCUCAAAAUCUUGGAUGAUGGAGACUUUUUCAAGGCACAGGGAGGCAUUGCCUCACUGCAGUUUGGGCUUCCUCUGUUCUGGACCUCAGCAAAAUCCAAGGGAUUCUCCCUUCAUGACGUGGUGCAACUGAUGUGCAAAAAUCCCGCCAGCCUGAGCCGACUGGAUGACCGCAGGGGGGCGCUGUGCAAAGGGAUGGAUGCUGACUUGGUGAUCUGGGAUCCAGACAAGGAGUUUGAGGUGAAGAAAAACAUGAUUCAACAUAAAAACCAGCUGACCCCAUACCUUGGCUUCCAGCUUCGUGGAGAGGUUUUUGCCACUCUCGUGCAUGGCAGGUUGGUUUAUCUGAAAGGAAAGUUUUCACCCAAGCCGGAAGGAGCCCUGCUUGUAACUCAGAGAAAGAUGUCCACAACAGUCUCCUCCUCACCCUACUACUGA